AGAAACGGGUUUCUCUCCUCCUCGCCUGCCUGCCUGCCCGUCUGCACAGAACAGAGCAGAGGAGCUGUGUCAUGUGUAAUUUAAUACCAGACGCAGGCUGAAUGAGCCUCACUGCACACAGAGAGCCCCCUCACAGCCUGAGAGGCAGGCAGGCAGGAGAGGCAGGCAGGCUAAGCAGGCAGACUUCCAGGGUUCGGCUCAGCCCUCCAUGACAGGACAAAGAGCAGGGGAUGAGGGACCGGCCAGAGCCCUAGUGAGGGACCGACCAGAGCCCUUGUGAGGGACCGACCAGAGCCCUUGUGAGGGACCGACCAGAGCCCUAGUGAAGGACCGACCAGAGCCCUAGUGGACCCAUCAACGUCUCGCUCUCCCCGUGGCCAGCUGUAACCAGCCUUCCCUGGCACCAGCAGAAACCCAAGGCCAUCUCUGAUUGCACUUGGCCAUCCCUCUCCCCUUCCCUCCCUCUUGUUCCAGUCUUGCCGCUCCCCCAUCUCCCAGUGGUGGCAUUGGGGCUCCCAGGAUGCGGCUGCUCAGCGCUUUCUUGCUCCUCCUGCUCCUCAGGUCCACUGAGCCCAGGAAGGGUGGACGGAACAGAGAAAGGGGCAGGGCCCGGGGUAAAGGCAGGGCCAAUGCUGUCAAACGCCAAACCUCUGAAUGCAAGGAAUACAUGGAGGCCGGAGAGAAAUACCUGGACUGUCAGGACCGCCAGCUGACCGGGGUGCAACAGCACUGGCCUGAAGACAUCCACCACCUCCUGCUGGCCCGCAACAAGAUCCAGGUGCUCAGAGACAACACCUUCUCCCAGUUCAAGAACCUAAAGAGUCUGGAUCUACAACAGAAUGAGCUCUACAUGGUGGAGGAGGAGGCGUUCGCAGGGCUGGGACAGCUCACUACUCUGCUUCUUCAGCACAACCAGAUGAAGACUGCUUCUGAGGAGCAUCUGCUGCCCUUGCCAAACCUCCGCUACCUGCGUCUCUAUGACAACCCCUGGGACUGCCGGUGCUCGCUGGAUAGUCUGGUCAGGACACUGCAGGUGCCCAGCAACCGUAACCUUGGGAACUACGCAAAGUGUUCGGAGCCGGACGCGCUGAGAGGUCAGAAGCUGAAGAAGAUGAGGCCAGAGCUGCUGUGUGCUGAGGAUGGGGAGGGCCAUCUGCCAGGGCAGAAACCUCAGGAGGGGCAGGGUAGUCUGCCCAAACCACCUCCCAUCAAGAAGUACCCUGAUGCCAACUCCUUGUGCCACACCUACAUGUUCCCCAAACCCAUGCUGGACUGCAAGAGCAAAGAACUGAAGAACAUCCCCUCAAGUCUCCCGUCAGACAUUGUGAGGAUGGACUUGUCCAGUAACAGCAUCACUCAGCUCCGGCCCAAGGAGUUUGUUGCUGUCAGGGACCUGAAGCUUCUCAACCUCAGCAGUAACAGUCUGGAUCAGAUCGACACAGCUGCGUUUGCGGGCCUCCUGUACCUGCGAGAGCUGGACCUGUCCAACAACAGCCUGCACUACUUCCAGUACGGAGUGUUGGAGGACCUGUACUUCCUCAGGAUGCUGAAUCUGGGGGAUAACCCCUGGGUCUGUGACUACAACAUCCACUACCUGAUCUACUGGCUGAAGCAUCACCCCGGGGUGGCCUACUCUGGCCUAAUCUGCACCGAGCCUCAGGAGUUCAGGGGCUGGCCCGUGGAGAAUUAUGUCAAGACCUACAACGGAGAGUGUCCCAAGGAUAAGGAUCCACAGCCAGGGAAGGGUGAUACAGGACAGGGACAGACGGCUCAGGAGCUAGUGGCCGAGACAGAGGAGGCGGAGAUGGAGCUUCUGCCGAAGCCUCUGAGAGACCCCAGACCAAAGAAAUAUGAGGUCACCAGGUUGACUUAAUAGGACAGAGUUGGAAAUUAGAGGAGAACUGUUGUUGUUGUUUACUAUUAUCACAGAACAUUCCAAUUCAGUCUAUCAGAUUUGUUUUUUAAACUUUCGAAUUCCCAACAGCAUAACCAAUGCAGGACAGUUGGAUUCCCACCAGCAUAACCAAUGCAGGACAGUUGGAUUCCCUCCAGCAUAACCAAUGCAGGACAGUUGGAUUCCCAACAGCAUAACCAAUGCAGGACAGUUGGAUUCCCACCAGCAUAACCAAUGCAGGACAGUUGGAUUCCCACCAGCAUAACCAAUGCAGGACAGUUGGAUUCCCAACAGCAUAACCAAUGCAGGACAGUUGGAUUCCCACCAGCAUAACCAAUGCGGGCAGUUGGAUUCCCUCCAGCAUAACCAAUGCAGGACAGAUGGAUUCCCAACAGCAUAACCAAUGCAGGACAGCUGGAUUCCCACCAGCAUAACCAAUGCAGGACAGUUGGAUUCCCAACAGCAUAACCAAUGGACAGUUGGAUUCCCAACAGCAUAACCAAUGCAGGACAGUUGGAUUCCCAACAGCAUAACCAAUGCAGGACAGUUGGAUUCCCAACAGCAUAACCAAUGCAGGACAGUUGGAUUCCCAACAGCAUAACCAAUGCAGG